GUUUAAUGUAAAACGUUGCCAGAUGCCUUACAAUAAUACAAUGUGCUCCCUUAUUUCUCCAACGGCUGUAACUGAAGUUCACAAUAGUCUUGCAGCACUCUCUUUCUCUCUCACAUACAGACAAACUUAACGUUCCAGUCCUCCAAAACUUAUAAUCAUAUCUACAAGUGCUGAGAUGGAUAAUGCUCAAAUUAUGAAAGGAGAUAAGCUAGUAUUAAGGGGGUUGAAGUUUCAUGGAUUUCAUGGGGUGAAACCUGAAGAAAAAAAACUGGGUCAGAAAUUUGCGGUGGAUGUAGAUGCCUGGAUGGAUCUGCACAAGGCUGGCAUAUCAGACUUCUUGUCUGACACUAUCAGCUACUCUGAGAUUUAUCGUAUAGUCAAGGAGGUGGUUGAGGGAGCUUCUCGGGAUCUUUUGGAGUCCGUAGCUCAGCAAAUCGCAACUAUUACCUUUACUAAGUUUUCUCAAAUAUCUGCUGUACGUGUGGAGGUUAAAAAACCUCAUGUUGCAGUUCAAGGCCAAUUAGACUAAUUGGGAGUUGAAAUUUUCCGCUCAAGACCUGCUGACGUAAUAUGAUCUUUGUCAUAAUCCUUAGUCCCUUGCUCCUAGUAGGGUGUGUGUAAACUUGUAAUGCAGAAUUGUAGACACCUAAAAAUAUCUCCCCAAAAUCAAAUCCGAUGAUGAACAACAUUUCACCGCCA